GUGUAGUCACCAUGACUUGACAAUCCGUCCUGAGACCCCUCAGAGCCGAAAUGAGCCCACGCUACUACCGUUAGUCAACACCUACACUUGACAGGUGUAUGCGUUAGUCGUUAAAAUGUUAUGACCGACACCGUGAGACAGCUGUCAGACUAAAACGUCCACAGUUAGCUCAAGUUUUAACCGUCCUUGCUGUCGUGUCGCGGUAACGGUUAGCUUAAUAUGUGGGUUUUCGGUUACGGGUCUCUGAUAUGGAAAGUGGAUUUUCCUUACGAGGAAAAGAGAAUUGGUUACAUUAAAGGCUUCAGCCGUCGGUUUUGGCAAGGCAGUACCGACCACCGGGGAGUACCGGGUAAGCCUGGCCGGGUGGUGACACUAGUGGAGGAUCCUGAGGGGUGUGUUUGGGGUGUUGCCUACAAGCUGCCGACGGGCCGGGAGCAGGAAGUGAAGAGCUACCUCGACUACCGAGAAAAAGGUGGUUAUCAGGUCAUCACUGUGACCUUUCACCCCCGUCCACCACUCUCUCCCCCGCCCAACCAGACGCUGCUCUACAUCGGCUCUCAGGACAAUCCGAACUACCUCGGCCCUGCCCCUCUGGAGGAUAUAGCCAACCAGAUCAUCAACUCUACCGGUCCAAGCGGGCAGAACACAGAGUAUCUGUUUCAGCUGGCUGAUGCUGUGAGAACAAUUCUGCCUGAGGACUCAGACACGCACCUGUUUUCUCUAGAAACUUUAGUAAGAGCCAGAAUGCACAGUAGGCAGAAACACUCACACACUCAGACAGGUUGAUUGUGAUUAGAUAACAAAUUAGACUUGAUCAAUAAUAAAUACCAGGCUUGAUUUGUCAAAUGAUCUCAGGGUUAAAGAUGUUCAUGGAGCCACUAAGGAUAUUUGUCAGGUACAGAAAUUAUGUUGACAAAGUCUGUUUGUAGUGUCACACACCACAAGUAAAUGUCAUGUUAGUGCAAAUAAUAUGUAUUAAAAACUGCUCUAAAAUAAAAAUGUAAAUUACAUAAGGCACUGUGGAGUGAUCACAAAAUAGGCUUCGGAUAAACUUGUCAUUUUAGUCGUACAACAUACAACAGUACAAAUAAAUAAUGUUAUGGAUGAAUAAUUUAUUCUGAGUGGAUGCCUUUACAUUUACAUAUACAUUUAGUCUGUUUGAAUGAAUUUUUAAACAUGACAACAUCUGAUGUAUGUGUGCACUGCUGGGUAAAAUAUGGAGCCCAUGUAAUAAUUCCAGUAGGACCCAGAGCAGUAUUAUUUCAUUAUGUUCCUUUGCGGUUCAUUUAAAGCCCUUAAAAGUUUGUGAGAAAAGCAGUCACCAAGAUGUAACCAACACUGAUGUAACCACAAUUUGAUUACCCCACCUUCUGGAUCUGAUAUUUUAGAUUAUUUCGAUCAGUGGUUCCCAACUGGUCAGUCACGGUCUAAAAGUGUGUGGCGGGUCCACUCUGAAUGGGCUGUGAGUGGCUUGCAAAGUAUGAUAUGAUACUAAGAUAUUAAAGUUUCUGAACGCGACAGUCCUGAGCAUUAAUAUAGCAGCAAACAACUAUUUCAUAUGUAAAAAUACAGUGGAGUAAUGGCGUCCUGACCAAAGUAUGAAGUCAUGCUUCUCUGUGGGUUGUCGUGGUGGCCGAUCCAGCCACACGCACAUGCUAGUGCAUGUGAGUACCUGUGAGUGUGUCCCACUGGCCAGCUAAUAGCAGCCACUCUGCACUGCACUCACACAGCGAUUAGCACUAAUAUUGGUAUAGCUUCAACACGUAGUUUCCCUCCUGGUUAACAAUGUUAGCUCUGUCAGCACUGUUGCCAUUGUUAGCACAGUAAAUGGAGCUGGCACAUACGUAGACUGUAUAUAAAGAUGGACAACAUGUCUCUAUUUCCUCUUACUGUACAAAAAUGAAGCCAAAAUACCCCAGAUAUGUAUGCUGCCAUCUUGCGCUGAUGACAUAAUUGGGAGCCACAGUCUGCGCAGUUCGUGCGAAGCUCCCGCCCACACACCUGUCUAACCAGUCGCGAGCAGCGCUAGCAUACUGAUUGGUACACAUGGCUGUAAAUCAUGAUAUCAAACCUCCUUUUUUUGUGCCAUCAGAUAACUAACUAAAAACAAGCUUGAACACACAUCAGUGCAAUGACAGAAACCACCUUUGGGAUUUUUUUUUCUUUUUUUUUUUGAUGUUUACUUUGGACUUAAUAGUUUUUCCUGUGUCCCAUCCACUAACAUAGAGGGGGCGGGGUUUAUGGUCCAUACUGCAGCCAGCCACCAGGGGGCGAUAAAGAUGUUUUGGCUUCACUUUCUGGGACCUGUCACGACGUCCAUUUUUAUCAUACAGUCUGUGAGUUCUUACCGUAAGCUGUUAGCUACCUGCUUGCUCAUGCGCAUGUCUAUAACUGUGGGUCUGCAGGAGCUCUCAGGUGUUGCAUGGCGAUGAUACUGCCCAGCUCAGCCACCUGUGUGCAUCUGAAUCGUAGAUAUGCUCUGAAUGUUGCGUACAGCUCCUUUUAAAAGGAGCCAGACAAUUUAUGAUGCUGUUUUUCAGUCUCUAAAAACAUCAUGACUCAUGUCCACAUUUUUUUUUUAAUUUACCAGAUUGAACAAGUAGGUUAGAAAUCUACUUACCCAAAGUCAAUUUUUACUUGCCCCUACUCAGCUAGUUUCAGUCCUUACUGUUGAGCCCUUCACAAUAAAAGCUCCUUCCCAAGUUAUUAGUUCAACCAAGUAGUCCUGCUUUGGCAAAUGUCCUUGAUCUCUCUGUCACAUGAUAACCUAGUUUCAGGGCAGGUAUCAUCAUUAUCAAGUGUAAUCACACUAUCACACAGCGUACAGCCACACAAGGUUGUAUUUAACAGCCACGCUUCUUCUCAUUCUGCCAGCAUACGUCUCAGCACAGUGAACAUAUCAAAGUCAACAGCACUGCAUCAGAAAAAAUCAGCAUGCAGAAUAAAAAUGGUGACAGCUCUA